GCGGCAUCCCAGCGCCGGGAGGGCCGCGGCCACCGGAAGAGUCGCGGUCGCCAGCCCAGCCCCGGCGCGAGGGGAGCGGAAGCGGCGGCGGCAGGCGGCGCUGGGACCCGGGAGCGGCCGGAGAACAAGGGAGCUGGCGCCGCGGCCGGCCGCCGAGCGGCCCUGAGCAGCUGCUGGGCCGCACCGAGCGCGGGCGCCGGCCGCCGCCGCCGCCGCCGCCACCCGUGAGGCCCGGCCCGGCCCGGCCCGGCCCGGCGGGCGGAGCAGGCCGCGCGCGGGGGCCGCUGGGCCCGAGGCCGGAGCCAUGGGGGAGACCAAGAUCAUCUACCACCUGGACGGGCAGGAGACGCCGUACCUGGUGAAGCUGCCCCUGCCCGCCGAGCGCGUCACCCUGGCGGACUUUAAGGGCGUCCUGCAGCGACCCAGCUACAAGUUCUUCUUCAAGUCUAUGGACGACGACUUCGGUGUGGUGAAGGAGGAGAUCUCGGAUGACAAUGCUAAGCUCCCCUGCUUCAAUGGCCGGGUGGUGUCUUGGCUGGUGUCGGCCGAGGGCUCCCACCCGGAGCCAGCCCCCUUCUGUGCCGACAACCCGUCAGAGCUGCCACCGCCUGUGGAGCGCACCGGAGGCAUCGGGGACUCUCGGCCCCCCUCCUUCCACCCUCAUGCUGGCGGGGGCAGCCAGGAGAACCUGGACAAUGACACGGAGACGGACUCCUUGGUGUCUGCCCAGCGAGAGCGGCCACGCAGGAGGGAUGGCCCCGAACACGCAACCCGGCUGAACGGAACGGCCAAGGCCGAGCGGCGGCGAGAGCCCGGCGGCUACGACAGCUCAUCCACGCUGAUGAGCAGCGAGCUGGAGACCACCAGCUUCUUCGACUCAGAUGAGGACGAUUCCACCAGCAGGUUCAGCAGCUCCACCGAGCAGAGCAGUGCCUCUCGCCUGAUGAGAAGACACAAGCGGCGGCGGCGGAAGCAGAAGGUCUCCCGGAUCGAGCGGUCCUCCUCCUUCAGCAGCAUCACGGACUCCACCAUGUCUCUCAACAUCAUCACCGUUACCCUCAACAUGGAAAAGUAUAACUUCUUGGGCAUCUCCAUUGUGGGCCAAAGCAACGAGCGGGGCGACGGAGGCAUCUACAUCGGCUCCAUCAUGAAGGGCGGGGCCGUGGCUGCCGACGGACGCAUCGAGCCAGGAGAUAUGCUGCUGCAGGUGAACGAGAUCAACUUUGAGAACAUGAGUAAUGACGACGCCGUGCGUGUGCUGCGUGAGAUCGUCCACAAACCAGGGCCCAUCACCCUGACGGUAGCGAAGUGCUGGGACCCGAGUCCACGGGGCUGUUUCACGUUGCCCAGGAGUGAGCCCAUCCGGCCCAUCGACCCUGCGGCCUGGGUCUCCCAUACCGCCGCCAUGACGGGCACCUUCCCUGCCUACGGCAUGAGCCCCUCCCUGAGCACCAUCACCUCCACCAGCUCCUCCAUCACCAGCUCCAUCCCCGACACAGAGCGCCUAGAUGACUUCCACUUGUCCACCCACAGUGACAUGGCUGCCAUCGUGAAAGCCAUGGCCUCCCCUGAAUCGGGCCUGGAGGUCCGGGACCGCAUGUGGCUCAAGAUUACAAUUCCCAACGCUUUCAUCGGCUCAGAUGUGGUGGACUGGCUGUACCACAACGUGGAAGGCUUCACCGACCGGCGGGAGGCCCGAAAGUAUGCCAGCAACCUGCUGAAGGCGGGCUUCAUCCGCCACACCGUCAACAAGAUCACCUUCUCCGAGCAGUGCUACUACAUCUUCGGCGACCUCUGCGGCAACAUGGCCAACCUGUCCCUCCACGACCACGACGGCUCCAGCGGCGCCUCCGACCAGGACACGCUGGCCCCCCUGCCGCACCCGGGCGCCGCCCCGUGGCCCCUGGCCUUCCCGUACCAGUACCCGCCGCCCCCGCACCCCUACAACCCGCACCCCGGCUUCCCGGAGCUGGGCUACAGCUACGGCGGGGGCAGCGCCAGCAGUCAGCACAGCGAAGGCAGCCGGAGCAGCGGCUCCAACCGCAGCGGCAGCGACCGGCGCAAGGAGAAGGACGCCAAGGCGGCCGAGUCCAAGUCGGGGGGCAGCGGCAGCGAGUCGGACCCCGCGUCGCGGGGCGGCGGGGGCGGCGGGGGGCUGCGGGGCCCGCGGGAGCGCGCGGCCAGCGAGCGCUCGGCGCCCGCCACGCCCAGCGAGCGCAGCCUCCUGCUCCGCGGCCCGGCCUCGCCCGCGCCCCCCGCUGGCGGCCUGCGCGCGCACCUCCCGCCCCCCGGCCUGCCCCCGCUCUACGGCGCCCCGGUGCUGCUGGGGCCCCCGCCGCCCGCCGCCCCGCCCGCCGCCGCGGGGCCCCCGGGCGCCCCGCCGGGCCGCGACCUGGCCUCCGUGCCCCCCGAACUGACCGCCAGCAGACAGUCCUUCCGCAUGGCCAUGGGAAACCCCAGUGAGUUCUUUGUGGAUGUGAUGUGAGCGGAGGGGGGGCCGCCCCCCCGCCCGCCCCCCGCGCCCCACCGCCAAGGGAACCGCGCGGAGCCGAGUCCAGCCAGCCGCGCGCGCGGGCGGCCUCCGAUCCGCCCCCCCCCCCCCCCCGCCCGCCGGGGCCCCCCACCUUCCACACUUCAGGAGCUGACCCCGGGGGCGUGCCCACCCCCCCAGGCCCCACCCCGCCGCGUGGCCCCGGGGCAGCCCCCUCAAGCAUGCGCGCCACCCUCGUGUCCCCCACUACUGACACCAAAACGGCCCCUCCGUCCGCCCUCCCUGACCCCCGCCCGCUGCCCGCGCCCCGCAGCCGCAGCCACCUCCAGGAGCCCGCCGUGCUACCUACCUACCGUCCCGCCUGUCCUCACCCCGGUCAAGCUGGGGGGCUCCCCGGAGUCCCCCGCUCCACCCCGCCUCGUGUGCCGACUCCUUCCAGCCUAACCCUACUAACCAGCAGGCUCCUCCCGCCCCUCAGCCUGAAAUGUGUCUUCUCUUUCUCUUUUCUCCCCCCAAUUUACCCUGGGCCUGGAGCAGCCAAGAAUUUCGGGCUGUUUGACUUUCUGUGAGCCCCCAGCAAAAGGAGGCCCAGCCUCUGAGGAGCCCGGGAAGCCGGCUUCAUUCAGCAGCCCCUCGGGCUUCCCAGCGAUGCCCGGCCCCCCACCCCCACCGCAGUGUCCCCAGCCACCCACGCAGGAGACCCCCUGCCCUCCUCUCCCCGAGGAGGUUCUCAUCAUCCCCCCCCAACACACACACGUACACACACCUACGUACACACAGGUGCCUAUGCAAGUUCACGCGAAGCCUCAGGGCUGGUCCCUGCGGAGAGGGCUGGACCCUCCCGAGUCCCCCCCCCCUGGUUAGCGGGGCGGGUCCCCUGACCUCCCUCUUCAUUUCCUCAUCGUCCUCCAGCACACCCCCAACACCCAUCUGGAUCAAGCCCAUGGGAGGGCUCUGAGGCUGGGCUCGGCGAAGGACUCUCCGGGUGACAGGCCAUCCUUUUACACCCCCCACCCCCCACCCCGCCCUGUUUUCACCCUGGGAUCCUAGAACAAGCACAGGAACCCACAGGCCAGCUGCAGUGGGGCACGGGGACUUUUAGACAAGAGUUCCAGUUACUUUCUGCCAUCUUCUCUACCCUAGACAGAUUGGGACUUUUUAAGACUGCUGAGCUUGCACUGCUUCGUCCAGGAUGAGGUGCCGCCCACUGGAGGCGUGGCAGCUCACGUGGUAGAGCGCCUGCCUAGCAAGUGCAAAGCCCCGAGGUUCGACCCCACUACUGCCCCCCCCCCAAAAAAGUGAGGUCAAGUCCUUAACUUGGGGUAACACUAAGAUAGGGGCCAUGUUAGCACUCAUUAAUUUAACAAAUACUUGCAGGGGUUUUCGCGAACAAAGGGCUGUGUGGGAAAUAGGACUCAGUCUUGCCGGCCUUCUGGAACCUCAGGGUUUGUUCCCCAACACAGGCCAAGGCUUCUAGCCGUUGCUACAGGGCUAUCUCCCGGGUGUCUCUCUGACUCUGCCUUGAGAAUUCCUCCACUAUGUUCACGCCUUCAGUGUUGGUGCUUCCAUCAGCCUAUCUUUGGUCCACUUCUCUUUCUAUAUCCCCCAAAAUGUGCCAUCUACUCUGAUGUCCUCAAUUGCUGCUGAUAUGCUGGUGACCCCCAAAUAUAUAGCUCUAACCCCAACUUUUCUCAAUCUUUAGAUUUGCUUUUUUUUUUUUUUUUUUUACCCACUGGACAUCUCCAUGGACAUGUCCAUAUGGACUGAAAUUAUGUCCUAACCAAGUGUGUUCUUGAGUCCCUUUCCUGUGACCUUCAUUACACUUACACGGGCCUGCCAGCUAGAAACAUUUAUGGGCUUAAAUUCCUUCUAUAUCUUAUUAGGCAGCCUAUCACAUCCUCCCUAUCCAGUCUUUCUGGAAUUUAGCCCUUUCUCCCCUUUGCCUCUAAUUUACCGGAGCAUGGAGUUUGGAGUGAGGUUGGUCUGGGUUUAAGUUCCAGCCCCGCUACUUUUGGUUGUGUAAUAGGGGAGUCGUUUAACUCUCUCGAGCCUCAGUCCUCUCAUGUAAAAUGAUGAUAAUAAUACCUACCUCACAGGGUUGUUGUGAGGAUUUAAAAUAGAUAUUGUACGAAAAGUGCCUAGCACAGUGCCUGGCACACAAUGGAGUAGGUGCUCAAUAAAUGGUAGCUAUUAUUAUUAUUA